AUGGACGCACCAGCAAUCUUCACGGAGGCGGAUUUUUACCAGCAGAGUUUCGACCCUCAGGCAUAUCUGAAAGAAUACUACAGCAUGAGUGACAGCCGGGAAGGGGCAAAUGUGUUUCUGACGCAAAACUUGAAGAGCCUGCACAAAAUGUUCUCCUUAGACGAGCUGAGAGGUGGCACCCUGAUAGAUGUCGGCUGUGGCCCCACCAUCUACCAGCUUCUGUCUGCUUGUGAGCGCUUCCAGGAGAUUAUUGCCCUGGACUACACCGACCAGAACCGCCGGGAGCUGGAGAGGUGGCUGAGGAAUGAAGCAGGAGCCUUUGACUGGGUGCCGGUGGUGAAAUACGUCUGUGAGCUGGAAGGGGACAGGGAGAAGUGGGCUGAGAAACAGGAGAAAGUGAGGAAGAAGGUGAAGCAGGUUCUGAAGUGUGACGUGACCAGAGCCAACCCCACGGGCGCUGUGUCCCUGCCACCAGCCGACUGCAUCGUCUCCACCCUGUGCCUGGAGGGCGCCUGCAAGGACCUGCCCACCUUCCGCAGCGCCCUGAGGAACAUCGGGACCCUCGUGAAGCCAGGGGGGCACCUGGUGCUGGUGACCGUCCUCGGGGAAACCUACUACGCCUUCAACAAGCAGGUUUUCUCGUGCCUCCGCCUGGAGAAACACGAGGUGGAGGCGGCUGUGGAGGCUGCUGGCUUUGAGGUGACGUUCAGCGAGGCGCAGCCGUACACGGUGAGCGAGGAGCGCAUGGACUGCCGGGGUACGCUCGGCCUGGUGGCACGCAGGCGUCCCUCCGUGUAGUGUGAGGGCACGGGGGGAGAACAGCCGUGAGCCUGGGCUCAAAAAGUCCUGCUGAUGUAACCCAACCCUUUAUCUGGCACCAAGUAAACUCCUGAGCGCUCUAACCAUG